AUGGAAAACGGUGACAUAGAGUUAGAGAAGAAGCACAAAUCCGAAAAUGGUGAUGAGGAAAAGAAACAAGAAGAUGUCUUCACAGACAAAAAGAAGCAGCUUGGUGGUGUUAGAACAAUGCCAUUUAUUCUUGCAAACGAAGCAUGCGACAGAUUCGCAACUUCCGGUUUUCAUGCCAACAUGAUCACAUACCUGACUCAGGUGCUGAAUCUGCCUCUUGUCAAGGCAUCAAACACUCUUGCAAACUUUACGGGAACUUCCAGCUUCACCCCAAUCAUCGGUGCCCUCUUCGCUGACUCAUUUGCUGGCAGAUAUUGGACAAUCACUGUUGGUUCCUUCAUCUACGUGCUGGGGAUGGUUGCCAUCACGAUAUCGGCCACCCUGCCUCAGCUUCGUCCCCCUUCGUGCCCGACUCAAGAGAACUGUGUUGAGGCCUCGAAUCUGCAGCUGUGGGUGCUCUACCUUGCCCUCCUCCUCACCUCGUUGGGCACGGGUGGGAUUAGGCCGUGUGCGGUGACAUUUGCUGCUGAUCAGUUUGAUAUGAGCAGAGCAAAAACAGAGUCUAGGAAGUGGAAUCUCUUCAAUUGGUACUAUUUCUGUAUGGGGUUUGCCUCUUUGCUUGCUCUAACUGUUGUUGUUUAUAUCCAAGACAACGUUAGUUGGUCUUUGGGGCUCGGGAUCCCUACCAUCGCCCUGGCUUUGUCUCUCAUCGUCUUCGUUCUUGGGUCCCGUUUGUACAAGAAGAUCAAGCCCGGGGGCAGCCCUUUUGUUCGAGCUGCUCAAGUGAUUGUUGCGGCUGUGAGGAAGAGGAAAGCCGUCCUACCGGAUGAUCCAACUGCCCUGUAUCACAACAAAGAUCUUGAUGUUGAUAUCUCGACCAAUGGCUGGCUUCUCCACUCGGACCAGUUUAAAUCGGGCGCCAUACCAUUUGAUUCGGACAUGAAGGGUUUGCCGGGGCAUCCCAACUUGUGGAGACUGACAACGGUCCACAGAGUCGAAGAGCUGAAGACCGUUGCCAGGCUCAUGCCAAUAUGGGCCGCAACUAUCUUACAAGUGGCCUCACAUUCGCACAUAAACAACUUCACCAUCCAACAAGCUCGGACGAUGGACUGUCACAUCUUGCCAUCCUUCAAGAUCCCGCCGGCCACAAUGUUGAUAUUCUCAACCCUAACCGUCAUCCUAGUCCUCCCGGUCUACGAGCGCGUUUUCGUCCCCUUAGCCAGACGCAUGACCGGCCACCCUGCAGGCAUCACGUGCCUGCAGAGGAUGGGAAUAGGCUUGGGGAUGGGAAUCCUAUCCUCCCUAGUCUCGGGGCUAGUCGAGAUCAAGAGGAAAAAUGUGGCCGCCAAGCACAACCUACUCGAUUGCCCCACGGCCAUCAUACCAAUCAGCGCCUUCUGGCUAGUCCCGCAGUAUUGCCUGCAUGGACUAGCCGAGGUGUUUUCAUCGGUGGGGCACAUCGAGUUCCUGUACGACCAGUCGCCCGAGAGCAUGAGGAGCAUGGCAGCGGCGCUGUAUUGGAUAGCGAUCACGAUCGGGAAUUACGUUAGCACGUUGAUGGUGACGUUGGUGCAUCGGUACAGCGGAGAGAGGAGGAAUUGGCUUCCUGACAGGAACCUUAAUAGGGGGAGAUUGGAGUGUUACCAUUGGCUGGUGAGUGGAGUGCAGGCUGUGAAUUUGGUGUACUAUGUUGUAUGUGCAUGUUUUUAUAAGCGCAAAUCUAUACAAGAAUUAACUGAUAAAAAUGAGGGAGAUGUUGAGUGUGCUGAUGAUCAUAGGGAAGCAGAGAUGGUCAUGAAAUAG